GAAGGAUUAAACUAGCACCACCCCUCCGUUUGUUAGACCCUAAAGCUUCAUGGGGGUUGUAGUGUUUUGGAGACGCGUGUUUAUUUUAUGUGGCGGGUGGAUGGUGUAGCCUGCGGCUGCACGGGACUGAGCGCUUCACAUCUUGAGCAACUUUAGGGAGGAGGAUUACAGGAUUGCAGUUACACUGCAAACUGGAAUUAAUAUACUGUAGUUAGAUUGACUCAGGUAGAGUGAAGCAAAAUUCUAUAACGUUAGAGCAGAAUUUGCCCAGUCCAACUCCCUCAGACAUCUGUGGAAAUUGAGGUCGAGAGAGGGGACACGGCUUAUUUAUAACACGGUGAUUAGGUGGCGGAAAAAGUCGAGUCAGGCGGAGGGGAAGAGCAAAGUGUCAGAAGAGGUAGGAGGUGGCCACAUUGCCCCUAUGACAGAUUUCAUGCUGUCUUCCCGAUAACACUCUUGAAGAGACUACCAAUUAUUCCAAAUACCCAGAGAUCAGAUUUCUCCAGGAUACGCUCGUUCUUCUUGGGAAUAAUUUCAUUCACAGUCCCCUCCCUUUAAGCAGUCUUCUCUUCCUUGAUCCAGUCAUCUUUGUGUCCCCAAAUUCAGUUCCUGACACAGAGCAAGGUUUAGUAAACGCUCGGGUUUUCUUCUUUGAACGACUGUGCUUAUCCCAUAUCACAUCUCCUUUCUGUCCUGCCCCUCCUCUCUUGGAAUCACCUUUGAAGGUGAGAUUUGUUGUGUGCUACCCCCUCUUCUAGCCUGCAGACUGCAAAAAGGAAAAGUCCUGGGGGAGUGGAAGUAGAUUUCAAUGGGGUCAGAGCGGAGAACGCCCAUACCAAAGGAGAGUCCCCAUGUCCCAGAGCGGUGACUUCUCCAAAGGGAGGAAUUCUGGGUCCCCUAGCCCUCCUUUAUCCUCCAUCAAGGGAGGCAGCUUGGUCUUCGGCGCCCCAGGCCCCCAAUCUAACACGGCAGCCUUGGAGGAAAACGCACCAGAUUUCGGACCUCUCUCUCCUUGGUGGUACCUCGUUCCGACCCUGGCACCCCCUCUACGCUCCCCACCACCACCUCCCAGGGCAGAAGGGCGAGUGGGGGCAGACCCUAUGAGUCACGUCCUGGGCCUGGAGUUGAGGAGGGAAGCGCCGCCUCUCCUAGGGCCCCUUCUCUCCCCCUUUCCUCCCGCUGGUUCCUGGCGCAGCCAGAUGCUGCGCAGCGAUCACCGAUUCCCCAUCACCAAUUCGACUGGGGCGCCCCGCAAGGCCGCAGGCAAGAUGAACAUUCUGGCGCCGGUGCGGAGGGACCGCGUCCUGACGGAGCUGCCCCAGUACCUGAGGAAGGAGGCCGCUUUGCACGUGCACAAAGACUUCCACCCCCGCGUCACCUGCGCCUGCCAGGAGCACCGGACAGGCACCGUGGGAUUUAAGAUCUCCAAGGUCAUUGUGGUGGGGGACCUGUCAGUGGGGAAGACUUGUCUCAUUAAUAGGUUCUGCAAAGACACCUUUGAUAAGAACUACAAGGCCACCAUCGGAGUGGACUUUGAGAUGGAACGAUUUGAGGUGUUGGGCGUCCCCUUCAGUCUGCAGCUCUGGGACACCGCUGGACAGGAGAGGUUCAAAUGCAUUGCAUCGACCUACUACCGAGGAGCUCAAGCCAUCAUCAUCGUUUUCAACCUGAAUGAUGUGGCCUCCCUGGAACAUACCAAGCAGUGGCUAGCUGAUGCACUCAAGGAGAAUGACCCUUCCAGUGUGCUUCUCUUCCUCGUGGGUUCCAAGAAGGACCUGAGUACUCCUGCUCAGUAUAUGCUAAUGGAGAAAGAUGCACUCAAGGUGGCCCAAGAGAUGAAGGCCGAGUACUGGGCAGUCUCAUCUCUCACUGGUGAAAAUGUCCGGGAAUUCUUCUUUCGUGUGACGGCACUGACCUUUGAGGCCAACGUGCUGGCUGAGCUGGAGAAAUCGGGGUCCCGGCGUAUUGGGGAUGUUAUCCGCAUCAACAGUGAUGACAGCAACCUCUACCUAACUGCCAGCAAGAAGAAGCCCAUGUGUUGCCCGUGACGGGUGAGGGUACUGUCCAGAGACUGCCCAGCCCUGGGGCAGUGUGCCACCUUUACUCCCCCAGAGCUCAACCCCUGGACAUUUGCACUAACUGUUUUUCCAGACCAAAGAGCUGCCCCUUGGUGGCAGUAUCCCCAGAGGUGUAGCUGGGACCAUGCUAGUCACUUCCUGCUCCCAGGCACCGUGCCAAAAACUGGAUGCCCCUCUCCUCCAGGGUCCUCCAGGUUGCCCAGUGGUAGGGAGGUGGGUGGGCCCUGCUGCUCUUACUCAGCCUGCUGGGCCCUCUGGGUUUGAGGAUGCUUAAUGGUCCCAGCCUCACACUAUGCCUUAUGCAUUAAAAUAUCUGUUAUUAGCA